AUUCCCACCAUUACAGUAUACAGUAAACCAUGAAGUCUACAUUGUGCCUUUCUAUUGUGUUAACUUUAUUCCGUUUGGUAAAAUCAGAGAACUGUACUGUUCAGGAUGAUGCUCGCCAGGAAAAGGUCAUAGUGGGCCAACCUUUUUGGAUUGAUUGCAAUGAAAUACUUGGUGUUAACCAGAAGACCUAUAAUCUGAGCUGGUAUAGAAAUGGAAGUGAAGAGCCCAUAACUAAAAAAACAGAUUCAAGAAUACAUCAACGCGAUGACAAGCUUUUGUUUCUUUCUGCAAAUUUUCCAGAUUCUGGAUCCUACACAUGUGUCGUAUGGGCAUCAACAAGAUGUUACAAAAGUGUUGUGAGAGUUGCAGUUUUCAAUAACAGCGAUGGCCAGUGUUUUAAUGAUGAACUUUUCGAUAAGCAAAAGAUACUAAUAGGAUCAAAUUCAAAGCUUGUGUGUCAUAGCAUGCCCAGUUUUAAGGACGAUAUGAGUGCUUUGUCCAUUCGUUGGUAUAAGGAAUGUAAGCAGCUGGAUGGGGAACGAUUUGUCUUCCUUGACAAGGAUUUUAUAAUAAACAAUGUGAAUUCAAAUGAUUCUGGAAAGUACCAGUGCAAAGCAACAUACACUUAUGAGGGGAAUAAAUAUAACAUCUCAGGAAGCAUUUUGGCACUUGCUAUAGGAAGUCCAGUGAAAAAAGGAACUGAGAUUCUGUACCCAAGGAACAACACAAUUGAAGCAGAACUUGGAUCCAGUGUGUUUGUAGAGUGCAAUGUAUCAGAUUCCACAGACAGUCUUACUGCUAUAUCCUGGAAAGUCAAUAAAAUUCUCGUCAACGAUCUGUUUGAUGGUAGAAUUCAAGAGGGAUAUGAUAAAUACUUCCCUGCGGAAGAAGAGCUGCUUACUGUAGUGCCUCUGAACAUCACCGUACUGAAACAGGAAGAUUACGGCGAGCGGUUUGUCUGCCAUGCUGGGAAAGUGGCAGCAUACAUCUCGGUGCAACCUCCAACCAGACAUUACACUGGAUACCUGGCUGGAGGGCUUGCUGCACUGGUAUUCAUUACAGCUGUUCUUGUAUUAAUCUGCAUGUUGUUCAAGAUUGACAUCAUACUUUGGUACCGAAAGUCAUGCCAUUUGUUUCUUGGGAAAAAAGUUGCAGAUGGGAAGAUCUAUGAUGCAUAUGUGUUAUACCCAAAAACCCACAACCCAGAUCGCUUUGUUCUGAAAGUACUUCCUGAAGUUUUGGAGAAACAGUGUGGAUAUACUCUAUUUAUAUUCGGUAGGGAUGACUUACCAGGAAAAGCUCUGGUCACAGUGAUUGAUGAAACUAUUAAGCAAAGCAGAAGGCUGAUAAUUAUUUUAGAGUCAGGAUCGCCAAGCUACAAAUUAUUAGAAGAGGAUCCUGAGCAGCAGAUAGCUCUAUACAAUGCUCUCGUGCAUGACGGAAUGAAAGUAAUCCUGAUUGAAAUGGAUAAAAUCAAGGAUUACAGUGACAUGCCAGAAUCCAUUCAAUACAUUAAGCAAAAACAUGGAGCCAUCCGAUGGAAAGGGGACCUCACAGAGAGUCAAUCUUAUUCUGCAAGUACCAGAUUCUGGAAAAAGGUCAGGUAUCAAAUGCCACCAGGACAUCAGAUCUCCACAGAAUUACCUUUGGUGGAAACUUCACUCAACACAUGUCAAACAGUAGGAAGAUGAGUCUUGUGUCGCUUUCAUAACCCUUGGUGCACCUGCUUUGGAAGGCUGUUUUGAUAGGUUUCCUUAUAGUGCAACUUUGCAUGGACUUCCAUGUUGUUGUGUUUGCUGCUUGACUGCACUGAACUAGCAUUCUUGUGUACAUAAAACCCAUAGGUCAUUGUCAGACAAAAACAAGGAAGCUGAAAGAGCUUAUUUUUAUAAAGGUGUAUUGAACAGCAUUUUUUAUAUUACCAAAGUGUUUCUUAGCAAGCGAACAUCUGAGUAAUGGCUGCGAUCUAAUGGAAUGUUCCCAGAAUGGGCAGGGCUGCACAUGAACGGACAAAACACAAGUUGAAACCUUGCUGAUUAGCUGUUUGGUGAACCCAGCCUCUGCCUUCCUUCCCAAAACGUCAUUCAGAGAUGCACAACUUUAGUGGGAAAUGUAUUUGCACCCUGAGCUACUCCGUGCACACUCUGUUGGACUGAGGCCAAUAACGUAGCUGUUGGAUCAGGAAAGAGACUCGCACACAGAGCAACUGUUUACAAGUGACUCUCAAACCCAUUCAAGGGAUAUCUGUGGAAGCCAACUUUUACGUUCAUGUUUGAAGCCCCAGAUGGAUUGCUGCAACUGUAACUUUGUGUUCCUUGACUUCAAACUUGGAAAUAUAUUUUUUUUCUGGUAACAUUCUAUAAAUGACUGAAAUCAUUUGCAAGAUUCUCAGGUACAAAUGUUUUCCAGGUACAAAUGUAAAGUUCUAGGGAGAGGGGAGAAUCUUAAUCUUCCGGAUACAUUUCAUUUAAUCAUGUUUACUGAUAAUGGAAAAGGAAGCAGAAUGCUUAAAAGGUUGAAUCCGAAAUGGCUCUUAUAUGUUGUCAGUGGUGUUGAAGUGUAGGAAGUUCAUUGGUGAAAAUGUAAGAGUAAAAUUAAAAUAGGUGCAUCUGUGAUUUACCAUCUGAUGCAGAAAGAAUUUUUGCUGACUGCUUGGUAAAGCCUAAAGUGUUUAAGAUGCAUUCCGAUCGUUUGUGUCUCCUGUUUCACUGUCAUCAGCUCUUAUUACCAGUCAACAAAUUAAAGAGCUUAUUGGCAUUUACCCUGCCUAUUUAGUAGCUUGUGUAAUUAUGGGUGUGCAGAACGGCUCCCAGGAAGCAAUCUUUCACCCAUAUAAAAUAUUGCUCAAUUGUUAUAUAACCAUGGGUUUCCCCAUUUUGAGCCUUGAAACACAGCUCCUUGCUGAAGGCAGAACACCUUACAAAGCUUUACAAAAAGACAUCUCUGUGCAAGCCAGUCAACUAUACAAGUAAAUAUUUGUAUUGCAAUGGUUUCAUUUAAAAAAAAAUUCCAUAAGCCCUUACAAAUGCAUUGAGGCAUGUGUUUCGAUGUUUUUGUACUUUUGGAGGUUGGGAUGACAUGAUUGUCCUUCCUUGUGCAAAGGAACAGAAUGGACUCAAUGGGGGGGAAAUGCAAUAUACAAAACCGAAUCAACUAUAGCUACACAUUGAUAAUGCAAUAAAGUGUGGUUUCAGUAAACCCCAGUUAAUUUGUGACAUCUGAAUGCAGAAAAGUCCAAUAAAUCAGGAUAUAUUGGUUGGCAUCGAACCAGGAUUCCUCAGUACAGUUUGUAGAUAUCUGUUAAUGCAGUUCCUGCUAACUGCAGCUUGUUGUAGUAUCUGAAGUCACGCACCACAGUUUGUUGAGUAGUGCCAGCAAGGCUGGACAUAGAUAUGGCAAUAUAUUCAGAAUAUUCUCUGUCCUCAUAGGUGGAGUGGAGACCAGAACAAAACAAACCCAGACAACCUGAGACUUAUACACAAACCAGUUUGUCACAUCAGAUACACGAACCAAAAAUGUGUUACGCAGGCUGCGCUUUAAACAAUCCACAAUUUAUUGUGACAUCUGCAUGCAGGCUAUGAUGGAGAAAAUGAUUAACAGCAACAAAGGGUUCUGUAGACAAUACUGAUCAUGUGUUGUUUAACAGUUAUCAGGGAUGCGGUCAACAAAGUAAAAAAUAAAUUUGAUUAAAAGAAAAAUGGGAUGUUAACUAGCUGUGUUUUGCAGAUGAUGCAUUACGACAGGUUCUGUCCUUUUGGCUUCUUAGGGCUGCCAGUUCCCCUCUGGCCACUGGCAGGGGAUGUGGGGGUUGGGUUGUCAGAUCCAGGUUGGGAAAGUCCUAGAGAUUUGGGGAUGGAGUAGCGUUGCCAGGUCGCCUCAGCUUUCCGGUGGGGGGGAUU